CUCGCACACACAGACACACACACACACACACACACCCGUCCGUCACAUUAAUGUAGAGCGGGGGGCGUGUGUCUCCGCUCCCACACUGAGCGCUGCACGGGCGAAGGGCGAGCAGGAGGAAGGAGCGCCGGAGAGCCAGGGCUGCGGUUGGCAAAAUCAAUCCCACUUUCACAAGAAGAAUCCAGAGUAAAAUCCAGGACCUCCUGCAGCAGAUGGAAGAGGGGCUGAAGACAGCAGACCCCCACGACUGUUCUGCGUAUACUGGCUGGACAGGCAUCGCUCUUCUGUACCUUCAGUUGUACCGCGUCACCUCCGACCAGGCCUAUCUCCUGCGUUCCCUGGACUAUGUGAAGAGGACGCUUCGAAACCUGAAUGGACGCAGGGUCACUUUCCUGUGUGGGGAUGCUGGGCCCCUGGCCGUCGGGGCCGUGGUCUACCACAAGCUGAAGAGCGACAGCGAGGCCAAGGAGUGCGUCGCCAAGCUUCUGCAGCUUCAGAGAACUAUUGUAAGCUCAGACUCAGACCUUCCGGAUGAACUCUUGUACGGCCGAGCUGGUUAUCUAUAUGCCUUAUUGUACCUAAAUACGGAGAUUGGCCCAAACACAGUGCCCCAGUCCACUCUCAAAGAGGUGGUCAACGCCAUCAUUGAGUCAGGAAAGAAUUUGUCCAAGGAGGAACGCAAAACCGAGCGUUGCCCGCUGCUCUAUCAGUGGCACAGGAAGCAGUACGUCGGGGCGGCCCACGGCAUGGCUGGAAUUUACUACGUCCUAAUGCAGCCAGCAUCAAAUGUGGACCAAGAGACUUUGACGGAACUGUUGAAACCAAGCAUUGACUACGUGCGGCAUAAAAAAUUCAGAUCCGGGAAUUAUCCGUCUUCUUUAAGCAAUGAGACGGACAGAUUAGUCCACUGGUGCCACGGGGCUCCAGGAGUCAUUCACAUGCUCUUGCAAGCAUAUAAGACCUUUAAGGAGGAGAAAUAUUUGAAGGAUGCCAUGGAGUGCAGUGAUGUGAUCUGGCAGCGUGGGUUACUGCGGAAAGGAUACGGAAUCUGCCACGGAACGGCCGGGAACGGAUACUCCUUCUUAUCUCUUUACCACCUAACUCAGGACAAAAAGUACCUCUACCGAGCGUGCAAGUUUGCCGAAUGGUGUUUAGAUUACGGAGCUCACGGCUGCAGAAUCCCAGACAGGCCAUACUCUCUCUUUGAAGGUAUGGGAGGUACCAUUCACUUUUUAUCCGACGUGCUGGCUCCGGAGACCUCCCGCUUUCCGGCACUCGAACUCGGACCUUGGGAGAAGGAAGGCAAGGUGGAAAAGGACAGCUAAACCGCCCAAGCGUGUCCCAAGCGGUGAGACUGCUUAGUGCCUGAGGCAGAGCCGCUCUGAGUCGCAAAGGAGAAGCAAAAACCCACUUUUACUUCCCUCCCCAUCUCUCCCAAGGAGCACAAGAUACAGCAUGAGUGAGAAGUCGUCCCAACCACAUUCUGUUUCACCACUGCUGCAAAUCCGAAUUCUUUCAACCCCGCGAUUCUCGUUACCUUCAGCUCUCUCCGGUGUUUGCAUGCUUCUCGGUGUUGUCCGUAAAUGUGAUUUCGUUGUUGCAAGCGGAAACCUCUUCCUUUUGUCCAGAUCUCGGGCCUGUCCUUGCAUGAGUGUUAACUGCGGCAACCGAGCGUCUGUAACGUGUCCAGUGGGGCCUGGUCCAUAUGUACUAUCAAGGAGAUCAGUAAGUGCGGCGUGACGUCUUCAUUAAUUUUGGAAAAGACAUUUGUCCGUGGGGUGAUUGUAUUUGUCGUGGAGUUUGCUGAGUGCCCUUUGGGAUAAGCAGUUGUUUCUUGUAGGGUGAAGGGAACAGGGCUUGAAAUUUGAGGGAAAGGGGGAAGAUUCCUUUCAUCAGAUGUUUGGGAAUUCCCAGUUUGUACCAGCUGGGAUUGUAAGGAACCUAGCGGGGUGAGUUGCGUCCCCUUUCGGAAGGUUUCCGCUUCACUAGAGGGGAAGCAGCAAAGACGUUCCUUUCACAGAACCAUAGAACUCUAUUUUUAUUGCUUCCCGACAGGCUCUUUAAGGUGCCGUGAAAAACUUAACCUUUGCGACCAUUUAUACAAGAAGCCAUACUUGAAUUAAAAAAUCAGCAGUUCAGGAACAAUGUCCAAUAGAAACAAAACUUGACCAACACAUCCCAAACUUAACAAGUUUGUUGGGAUAAGAACAGUGAAAUUCAACUCACGUUGGGGUUGACAGUAUUAAAACGUCGCGGCGGCUGACCACUAAAGUGUGUUCCCCAGGAUUAGAUUAGCUUUGGGCACAUUCGGAGUGCAUACUGUGCCUAUUUUUGUUAGCUUUCAUUUUCUGAGGUGUCUCCAGUGUCUCUUCACUCUCAUGUGCAUUGAUGGGCACAGCAUGUGACGAACUUUUCUUUAGUAAUGUAUUUGAGCGCUUUGAGAGUGUUUAUACAUUAACUCAGUUGGAUUUGAAAGUUUCCCUUUUUUCUUAAAAAAAAAAAAAAAAGCAAACACACCACUCUUUUGGCUGCUAAGGUGUCCUCAGAGAGGGGGCAGUCUCCCACUUUACAGCUCCUGAAGCCCCCGACCCUGUUUUCUGACCCUGCGGCAGUGACCACAGGGUCCGGUCCCACAUCAGUCCUGCCCGCCGGCCAACGUCUGGAGAGGCCAGGCACCGGUUUCUAAAUCGAGUUUAAAGUUGACUUUCUGCCCCAAGCAAAUGGAGCCCGGCUGAAUCCCGCACCCACAGGUGGUCCUCCCCAGAGGACCUCGGGGAGGAGAAUUCAGGUCUAUCAAAUUUACCAGCCACCAUCCUUGUCUUCCAACCCCACUGCUUCCUUCCGCAGCCACAGUCCGUCUCCAAAAGCUUUUCUCACUGAUGGUCUCUCCUCUGAUAGUUGCUGCCUCACAAUCCCACCCGGGCACUAGGGAGGGACAAACGGGGCCCGCCCACAACUCAUAGCCACGGAGCCUGGAUGGCAACCUCGUUGCACACGGGGUUACAACACUGGGGAGGCCCGGGUUCAAGCGGAGGAGGCCCCAGCUGAGGAUUCCUCCUGAGGUCUGAGUAGAGAAUCAGACCCUCCAUUGGUGGAGUUGAUUUUGGAGAUCGUCUUUGGUACAGAGGCAAUGGGGUUAUUAGGCAGUGGAAUAUGCCCGUGAGCGAGUGUGUGCCGCCCCAGGCGAUCUGAAAGGAACUGACCAGCGGCAACAAGUAUGAGGCCGAAGCCCUGCUAUCAACCACUACCGUCCCAGCUCGUCGAGCACUGUGGCCACGUAGACCACAGAGCUUGCUCCUGAGCACUCUACCAAUGGUCUUUUGCUUCUAGUGCAUUUGAGGGGCACCGGGAGUCACCCUGACCUAUCCUCAGAAGCUGAAUCUCCUCCGAUAGGGAGCCGGUGGGGACGAGGCUUGACCCCAGAGGAAACUUUUCUCAGUAGAGACUUCCCUUGGAGGAACUUGGUGACCCCAGAGCGGGACGUCAUGAAACCAGAAACCGAUGAGUUCAUUGAACAGGGUUAAAUGCCAACUAGGCUUGAUCAGGCAAGCACUGUGCAUUUGAAAAAUAAGUAAAAGUGUCUAGAAGAGUUAUCUGACUGACCUGAAGAGUUGGAAUUGGCGGGCAGUUCUCUGUUUUUUAGUGAGGGAGGGGGCAAGUUUAGAAUGAGGGGGAGGAGCACCGUGGACAGUGUUGCUACCCAAGCACUGGGGUCGCUCGGCCAACUAGAGGUCCACCCUGUGAUUCACCUCUUUUGACUCUAAACCCCUGGAGGACCCCUUCUCUGUGCUUGUGAAACUUGUUGCCUGACAAUAAUAAUGGCACUCAUUAAUUGUGCCUGUAUGGGACAGGAAUGUAUUUUGAAAACAAAAUUCUGCUGGAAAAUUCCUAUUCUGGCCCCAAAUCUUACUAGGGCAAACCUGAAAUCAGGUCAGGUUUCUAGCUAAAUACCAAUCGACUUGUCUCCAACCCCACGCUAACAUCAGCCUGUCCCGCCGAUUGCCAGGUAGCGUGGUAGAGUUUUACCCUCAUCCACUGCCGUCCUGAGGCAUUCCGUGAUCUUCCUCAGAGUCCAGGCACACGGAGGUGAAAGAGGCAGUAUAGAGUCCCCAGAACCUACGAGCAUCAGCUCCUCUGAGCUGAUCAGGAGGCUUGCAUUAGAGACGUAACCCUCAACUGUUGUCUGCACAACCUCAGCGAUUCCGCCUGGAUCUUUUAUACUGCCUUGUGACCAAAUACGGUGACUAAUAUCAAGCCCUUCUAAUGCCUCACAGGUCCCAAACCAUCAGUGCUAUUUAGACACGGUCCAGGAAGAUCUUUUGCUGCCAGCCAGGUGUAUCCUGGGAUAAUACCACAGUGGAGUGGGGGAGGUUGGGAAAUAAUUGGGGAAAUAUUUAAGGGAGGUUGGAGAAAUCAAGCAGUAUGUGGUAUAAGGAGUUGAACUCGGUAGCAAGUUAGAGGAGGUUUUUCAAAGUCCAAAAAUCUUCAAAGCUUCUCGUUUCCUGAAUUUCGAAUGGCUAUCUUUGGGUCAGCAGUUUGAGACACCAAGUCACCUGAUUCAGAUACAUAAUACUGUCUGUUUUGAAAUUUGAAGGAAAAAACCCAUUGCUGUUUUGUGUUUGAUGAACUUGGGGGAAGAGAACCAGGUUUGUUAGUAAAAGUUUGUUUUUGUGGUGGUA